AUGGAUCUUGUCAACCACUUGGAUGGACGACUCAUCUUCGCCGUGCCUAAGAAAGGACGGCUGAAUCAGGAUGCCCUCGGUCUCCUUCACGGCGCCGACAUUCAAUUCCGUCGCGAGAACCGCCUCGACAUCUCCCUGGCUAAGAACCUGCAAAUCGUCCUCGUUUUCCUGCCUGCCGCGGAUAUCCCUACCUUCGUCGGGGAGGGUCGUGUCGACUUCGGUAUCACUGGUCGUGACCAGGUUGCGGAGCACGACGCAAGUCUGGCUCCCGGCGAGGUCUCUGGUGUGCAGGAGAUCCUUGAUCUUGGCUUCGGCGGCUGCAAGCUGCAGGUGCAGGUUCCCCAGAAGGGCGACAUUACUGAGGCAAAGCAAUUGAUUGGCCGUAAUGUGGUGACUAGCUUCACUGCGCUGACCAGGAAGUUCUUUGAAACACUCGAGGGUGUCGCGCCGGGCGAGAAGCUCCAAACCAAGAUCAAGUAUGUCGGCGGUAGUGUCGAGGCUGCUUGCGCUCUGGGCGUCGCAGACGGCAUCGUGGAUCUCGUUGAAUCCGGUGAAACCAUGCGGGCCGCCGGCCUGAAGGCCAUCGACACCGUCGUUGAGAGCACCGCGGUGCUGGUCAAGUCUCGCAACUCCACCAACCGUGUCGAUCUCCAGGAACUCGUUACGUCGCGUAUUCGUGGUGUGAUCACCGCCCAGAAGUUCGUCCUGUGUCAAUACAACAUCCCGCGGUCCAAGCUGGCCGUCGCCUCUCAGAUCACCCCCGGCAAGCGUGCGCCUACCGUUACCGCACUGGAGGCCGAGGACUGGGUGGCUGUCAGCUCGAUGGUCGAGAAGAAACGCGUGGCCACUGUCAUGGACGAAUUGACCCGGGUCGGCGCCGCCGAUAUCCUGGUUCUCACCAUUGCCAACUCGCGUACCGACUAA